UGGAGGGGAGCUCGCCCAAUGACCCUCAAACCCAGUGAUUCGACUUUCGCCGUGACUCCAGCAGUGCUUGGUUCCAGAGGAAGUCUGGCCUCUGUCGCAGACGUCCCGCGGCUGGAGGCCGCCUGUCCUCCGACCGCCCGGAGCGCAGGCGGUGGGUGGGUGGGGACCUCCGGGGCCGCAGCCAGCCGCCGCGCCGCAGGGGCCGCGAAGGGGUUAACCCGGCGGGGGGGGAGGGGGCGCGGGCCGCGCGUGCGCUCUGCCGCCCUCCAUUGUCUCCACGGCGGCGAGGAGCGCCGGCGAGCGCAGCCCGGGACCGAGCGGGGCGGCGCGGCUGGCUGGCGGGGCCGGCGGCGGCUGGAGCCGGAGCGCGACACCACGCGACCGCGGCUUCCAGAGCUCCGCCUGGCUGCCCCACCGCCGCGAGCCCUCCGGAAGCCUGGAGGAGUGCGGGCCGCCGGCGCCGGUCGUCGAGUCCUGAGACGGGGAACGCGCGCGGCGUUCCGAGCCUUCGCCGCUUCCUGCUGCGGGCGGGCGAGCGGCCUCCUCCGGCGCCUCCCUAUCUUCGCUGCGGCUUCUCAGGCUCCCGAGCCCGGGGGCGGCCUGUGGCGCGAGGCGCCCGCUCUGGACCGCGCGUCUUCGGACCUUAAGAAGAACAUGCAUUCGGCUUGGACAGUUUGAAAUUCUUAGUUUGGGGUCCCCGCACGC